GAAACUGCUUGCACAUGCGCAGUCAUUUACGUUAUUUGCAAGUUGAGCAGACAAACCGUCAAGUGGAAUAAUUGAAUCGGAAAAAUGUUUCGAUCAGUGCGGUACCUUCCAUCUUUGAUUCAGAGGAGCACUUGCAGCAAUUACAGGAAUGUGGUUGGGCCAUGUUCACAAAUACAGAGGUGGGAAGCCACACCAUGUGUGCAAAUGCAGAAGAGGGAGGCCAGUUCAAAAGUGGAAUCAGCAGAGAUGAACUCUUUUGCUAUGAACAUAUUCAGGGGCGACAUCAAACCAUCAGCUAUAUUUCCUUUUCCAGAAGUGCUAGAUGAAGAACAAGAAGAGAUGCUGAAAAUGCUAGUUGAUCCUUGUGCCAAAUUCUUUGAGGAUGUAAAUGACCCUGCAGCUAAUGAUAGUCUAGAGAAGGUUGAGGAUAACUCAUUGGAGGGACUCAAAGAAAUGGGAGCCUUUGGUCUGCAGGUUUCUCAGGAGCUUGGUGGUCUUGGCCUUACAAACACACAGUAUGCAAGGUUGGUAGAAAUAGUCGGCUCACACGACUUGGGAGUUGGAAUCACACUUGGUGCUCAUCAGUCCAUUGGCUUCAAAGGAAUCCUCCUGUAUGGUACUCCAGAACAAAAACAGAAAUAUUUGCCCGAUCUUGCCUCAGGAAAAAAGAUGGCUGCAUUUUGUCUGACAGAACCUUCCUGUGGAUCUGAUGCAGCUGGCAUCAUGACACGAGCAAUUCUCUCCCCUGAUGGAACUCACUACACCCUAAAUGGAGGUAAAAUCUGGAUCAGCAAUGGGGGUGUGGCUGAUGUGUUCACAAUUUUUGCAAAGACGCCAAUUAUUGAUGAGAAGACAGGAAAAGAAAAGGACACCUCAGUGGCUUUUAUAGUAGAGAGAGGCUUCGGAGGUAUAACACAUGGUGCUCCUGAGAAGAAAAUGGGAAUCAAAGCCUCUAACACUGCAGCUUUAUUUAUAGAUGACUGCAAAGUACCUGUGGAAAACAUGUUGGGAGGCGUUGGUGAUGGAUUCAAGGUAGCCAUGAACAUCCUCAACAACGGCAGGUUUGGAAUGGCUGCAGCCUUGUCUGGCACUAUGAAGUACUGUAUCAAUAAGGCUAUUGAACAUGCUGGACAACGUGUGCAGUUUCGGACAGAAAUUUCAAACUUUGGAGCAAUUCAGGAAAAAAUAAGUCGGAUGGUUAUGAAACAUUAUGUUACAGAGUCGAUGGCCUACUUAGUGUCAGCUAACAUGGACCAGGGUAUCAAAGAGUUCCAGAUAGAGGCUGCCAUCAGCAAAAUUUAUGCUUCUGAGGCAGCUUGGUACUGUGCAGAUGAGGCGAUACAAGUUCUGGGAGGGAUGGGCUACAUGAAGGAAUGUGGAUUGGAACGCGUCAUGAGAGAUCUGAGAAUUUUCCGUAUUUUCGAGGGAACAAAUGACAUCCUGCGUCUUUUUGUUGUCCUGACUGGAAUGGAGUAUGCUGGUCGUAGUUUGAAGGCUGCUGGGAAAAUGGGUGUAGCUACAGACAUGCUGAAAAGACGUCUAGGAUUUUCAUCUGGCGACUCCCUGUCAACGCAGGUACAUGGAAGUCUGAAGGAGUCAGCAGAUCAGGCCUCUAAAUCAGUCAAUGACUUCGGGUCAACAGUAACAAAUCUACUGAUUAAACAUGGCAAGAAAGUUAAAGACCCAGAACAACAGUUUGUAUUAAAUCGUGUUGCUGAGGCAGCCAUAGAUAUUUACGGAAUGGUUGCAGUUUUGUCAAGGGCAUCCCGUUCACUUGAAAGAAACCAUAGCUCCGCCCAACAUGAGUUGGAAUUAACCAAAGUCUUCUGUGAUGAGGCUUCAGAACGAAUCGCUAUGAACUUGAAGGAAGCGAGUGACAGUAAGGCCUUAGAGAGACACAACAGUCUAGCCAGAAUCUCAAAGGAUGUUGUCGCCAACAAUGGACCUCUACAACAACACCCUCUAGGAUUUUAAUCAUCCCUGUUAUACUUCAUCAAAUAUUCUACAUUGUUGAAAAGCACAGUCCAUUUUAAAUGAAUGGGGGUAGCAGGUGCAUGACUAUAUAAGUUUAUGGGAGGGAGUGGUGUUAACUUUAUAUGACAGUAGGAAUAAUUAAGUUUACAAAAUAAACUGUGAUAGAUGGCUUUAUUACCAGAUGUUUUUCUGUGUCCAUGUGUAGAUCGAUUGAUACAAAAUGUAAUCUUCCUUAGGCAUUUGAGAAAUACACUGUGGUUUGAACAAAAAUUGCAAUAAUUUUCUGCAUUUGCUAUGUGCGUAGAGCUCACAAUGUAUGUUGAACCUAAUGCUAUACAGCUUCAUCACAUACUACAUGAAGCUGGUAAAAAAAACUCAUAUUUCCUAACAGCAUUUCCUACAUUGAUGUCCAGUUGAAAACAACACUGGAGACCCAAACCCAACCAAAAAAUUGAAUGUUUGUUCUCCUUAAUGAUGCUAUAAUUCUCUGCUCUUGACCAGCACAGACAUAAAACUGUCCAAAGUAUUUUCUCUAAAUGAAUACACAUACAAAUGUAUUGUUUUUUAGUCAAAUAGUUUAUAUGUAUAUGGUCUAGGAGGCUGCUUCAGUCAAAAAAAGUUGGCUUAUACAUUAAGUUGCUAUCCUGAAUUGAUGCAAUUAGAUUAUAUGAUUUCAAAGACAACAAGGACAGUUAGAUUUUCACUUUCUUCAUCUACACAAUCAGACAUAUUAGUUUGGUACACCUAGUCUUAUACAAUUCUGCCUCGUUCCAUUUGAUUUCAUUGUGAUUUUCUGUAAAAUUGAUAAGUAAUGUGUAGAACUUCAAAAUUCAUGUUUCGUAGUUAAUAGUGAUGGAAUACAACUGCCUCAAAAGCUUUAAUGUACAGGAGGUUGUAUUUGGUAGUAUCUGUAUAUAAGAUAUUAGAUUUUGUAUGCAAUAAGAAAUAUAGCUUGUCCUGACACUAGGUGAUAUCACAAUGGUUAUUUUACUGCACAGUGGAUUGCAAGUACAUUUAUAUAUAUUGUAUAUAUUAUGUAAAAUUCCACAACAUACAUCGGUUUCAUUUUCCAGUCAUUUCUUUUAAUGCAUAUCAUCUUAAGCAUAAUUUGUCAUUACAAAUCUUUUUUAGCUUGAAGUUAUACACAUCAGUUCUUAAUACAUAAUACUCAUAUUUGUAUAUAAAAACAUUCAUAUCAUGUGUUUCUUACACGUUAAAUUUUGUUUGAAAACUGCUAACAUGAGAUGAUAAAAAUUGCCUCCAGUGAGUAAGACUACCGAUACACCCGGCUGGCAUACCUGGAAAUGUGAUUUCAUGUGUGAUUUGGAAAUUUAAUGAAUAGCUAGCUCAUGCAUCAUAUUAAUCACCAUUUUAUUCAACGUCAUCAGCUAGAACAGGCCUUUAUUUAUAAUAUCCUGUAUAGAAUGGGAGAUAGAGAAGUGACUACAGUAUAGUUGUGUGCCAUUCUUGAUUAUUUUAUAAGCUCUACUUACAUGUUAUGACAUUUUGUUUAGCAGUAUCUUAUUGGACUGGGUAAUUCUGUUAUAUUUUUGAAGUUUUUUGAAGAUUGAUCUAGUAUUUGGGCCAUUGCCUUUAAAUCCCCUGUCACACUUAAGCUUGUAUCAAGUCAUUAUGAGUUCUGUAAUUAAAAAAAAUCAAUAGGCAGCUGUUUGCACAAAAUUUGAAUUUUUUUAUUACUUUAACUGAUGUUUGUCACACAUUGAGCAUAAGAAUAAUAUAUUCAGCUGAUUCAUCAUGUAUUAGGUGCACAUGCAGUACGCAAUACAAUUUUUCUUGCUGGAAGUAGCUGCUUAUGCAGUGCACAUGCUGGUGUCAUCUGACAAAUGUUUUUAUCACCAGUGCACAUUACGAAGAUGAACAUCAACCUUUUGUCAUCAUUGGCCACCCAAAAUGUAGAUCAACUAUUACCAGUGGUAUCUGUGUGCUUGUCAUUAGUUACAAAUAAUCAAUAUGCGCUGUCCGAUUGCAGGACAAAUGGUACAAAUUUGUACAAUAUGUCCACAUUUGCUUGGAGUUUAUUCAGCACAAGUUGUACAUGCAAAUGCAUUACAAAUACACUGGCUGAUAUGUAUGCAUCCAAUAUACCUGGCUCAUAGCCUGUGUUUGGAGAUUAGCAUAUUACUGCAUAUGAAAUGCUUAUCCCUGGUGUAAAUACAUACCAUACUCGUACAGUAAUCGGUCAAUGGGAGACCAAUGUACUGCAUAUUUGUAACUUAUGGCCUACAUUACAGUGUAUGCAAUGUAAUAUUGUGCAUGGCCAAAACUUAAUUAUCAGGCAUAAUGUGUCAUACUUGUAUGCCGGUGUACCCUGGUAUAUAAACUUACAAAACAAUUGAGAUGCCUAUGAGGUGCAUACAACUGUAUGAAAGAAAUGCCAAUGCACAACUCAUGUGGAAUUAUGAUACACAGCAGUGUGACAGUAGCUUUACUUAUGUUGAAUUAUGAUACACAGCAGUGUGACAGUACCUUUAUCUAUGUUUUAGGAUGCUCUUUGAGGUUAAUUAAGUUUAACUUAUUUUAAAAAAGAACAACUUUACUUACAAAGGGUGCAAUGUUAAUUUAUAUUUUGUUAAUGAGCUAUGCAACAAGUUCUUCUAAUUAAUGUGAAAGGUUUGAUUAAUUGUUACCUAUAAUGCAUUUUGUGCAUUCAAAUCUCUUGGAACUCUCAAUAAUUUGAUACCCAACUAUACCAGAAACCAUGGCGAUGAGUUAGUUUUACUUUUAGUGUCCAAACAAUGACUCAAGUAUGAGACAACGAAUCUAACUCAAACUCUUUAUGCUGCUCUCUCAUCAGGAUUGCUUGUACUUGUGCACGUAAUUUUUAUUCCGUCAAACUGUCAAAGAGCUGCUUACAAAUGUUUAGAGAUGUAAAUUGAAAGUUCUGUUUUAACAUACUAUCAUUAUAAUGCCUAGAUUCAUGAACGGGAAAACAUAAACAAUUUACUGGUGUACAUUUAUUGCUGUACUGCUAUGAUAAACACUCAACUAGUGAAGACAAUUCAGACACAUAACAGCUUUUUAAAACCUGAAAAAACUUCUUUUUUUUUUUUUUUUUUUUUUACAAAAUAUAUUUGUACAUGUAUAUUAAUAAAUCUGAAUGAAUUUUCCUAUUGAAAAGAUGUUCCAGAUGGAAGGAAAAUUAGGUUUGUUUCAGGGAGCAUUUCUAUGUGUGAAUUAAAGGCAUUACAUAAAUGUUGAGAGGGAAUAAUUCUACAUCAGCAAUCAUCACUCAGUUUUGAAGCCAGUCCUUCCAUUAUCAAUUAUUAUAUCCGAGUUUGGUGAUAACGUUUUUUCUUUGUGACGGUUAUUUUUUUUGCCUGUAGUAUAUUAUACAUUGGUUUGGCACAAUAUUUUACACUUGUCAGGUUUGUUGAGGUCUUUUCCCCACAAAAGGAAAAAGUGUCAAUAUACCUGGUACAUCUGUAACAGAUCAUUUUUCACUUUUUCUACCUGUGACUAGUGUCUGCUGUGUUGAACACAUGAGAAAUCAAUUGCAGCAUUAGUUGACAAAUAAAACAAUUGAAUGAG